AUGCCAAGUCUUGACACCGUUUACCUAGAAGGCAAUCCAGCGCAACGGUCAGAAGGAGCCAGCUAUCGACGUAAAGUGCAGCUAGCUCUUCCACAGAUUGCACAACUCGAUGCCACAAUAGUCUAA